GUGGUCACUUGUCAGCUCACUUUUCCUGACCAGAAUUCAUCACUUAUUAGCCUCACAUUACUAUUUCUUCUUCUUCUUCAACACAAUAUAGACAAUGAAUCCUUUUACAAUCUUGCCGGAGGGCUGCAUAUCGGAGAUAAUUUCAUUCACAACUCCCGCAGACGCCUUAAGAUCAUCGGUUAUCUCAAGAGGAUUCAAAUGUGCAGCUGAAUCUGAUGUCGUAUGGGAUAAAUUUCUACCGUCCGAUCAUCAACAUAUAGUUUCCCGAUCAGUUUCUCCUGUAGUUUUUGACACCAAAAAGGACCUUUACUUUAGACUCUCUGAGUCUCCUAUCCUUCUUGAUGAGGGCAAACUGCAGAGUUUUUGGCUUGACAAAACAAAUGGGAAGAAAUGUUGUCUACUGUCUUCAAGGCAAUUGACGAUUUCUUUUUCAGACACCCAAUUAUUCUGGGAAUACACAUCUGAUGCAGAUUCAAGAUUUCCAGAGGUAGCAUUUCUCAAUAACGUUGAUUUACUAGAUAUCCGAGGCAAGAUUGGAACUCGAGAGUUAUCCUCACGAGCAAAUUAUGCAGCUUAUUUAGUGUUCAAAGUAUCCGAAAAGUACCAUGGCCUCGAAUCAAGUAAUGCUAUGGUUCGAUUUGUUAAUCAAGAGAGUGAAGACGAGGCUGAAGAACGAGCUACUACUGUUAUACUAGCAGCAAGAGCACCAAGGAAUUUAAAAGGAAGAUUACCAGAAAAAAGAAAUGAUGGAUGGCUCGAAGUAGAAAUUGGCAAGUUUUACAAUGGUGAAUCAGGUGAUGAUAAUGGUGCUGUUGAAGCAAGAUUGUUGGAUUCUAGGCCUUUUCAUGCUAAGUGUGGUCUUAUAAUCGAAGGCAUUGAGUUUCGUCCAAUAUGAUAAGGAUUCAGGAUUUAGAGUUUAUCAGUUCUUUUACUAACUCACCAGUUAAUAGUACAACAAUAAUUGAGUUUGUAGUCAAAUAGUUAUGGAUAAAAAAAAUAGAGUUUUGAUACAUAUAUAUGUAGUGUUUGAGCAAAAGAUACUGGAUUCACGUAAAUACAUGUAUUACAUGUU